AUGCCACGCUGUUACAAACCUGAAGGCUUUGGCGUAGUUGCGAAGGCAGAAGUGCAUAAUUUCUCAGAUGCAAGCUUCAAGGGUUACAGCCAAUGUAGCUACCUCAGACUAGUGAACACUGAAGGCAAAAUCCACUGCUCUUUCCUAACAGGGAAAGCCAGAGUCACUCCGUUAAAGAAGAUCACAGUUCCUCGUUUGGACCUAACAGCAGCCGUCGUCUCCGUCUACGUAAGCCAACAAAUCAAGCGAKAGCUAGACAUGGAGAUAGCAAACAAAGUUUUUUGGACUGACAGCAAGGUAGUCCUUGGAUAUAUCGCCAACGAGGUGAAACAAUUUCACGUCUUCGUUGCCAAUCGUGUCCAAGAGAUACAAGAGAAAUCAUCAAUCAGUCAGUGGAAGUACGUAGACACCAAAAACAACCCCGCCGAUGAAGGAUCUAGAGGUUUGCGAGCAAACCAGCUAAAUGACUCCAAAUGGUUGUCUGGACCUGAAUUCCUUUGGAAGCCAGACGAAUAUCAAGAGUCUCCAGCAGCUCAAGUCUGCGAAUUACCAAGCGAUGAUCCAGAGAUCAAGAAAGGCGCUUCCAUGGCUACGAUUGUUUCAAGCAUCACACCUAAAUUAUCAUUCGGCAACUUUUGA